UCACCUUCCACACCGGCGUCACGCCCACCUCCCUGCGCCGCCCGGGGCCCGAACAGCCUUUUGCCCUUCCUUCGCUUGGGCCAGAGCCCCCCGCAGCCACCUCCGGCUCCUCCUCCCUGCUCCCGCGGUCGGAAUCACGCCGGCGCGCCUCCAGCCUGCUGUCCCGCGGAUUGCCUCCAGGGGCAGGCUGGAGGCGCGCAUACCCUCCCCCUUCCCAAUCUCAUUAGCCAGGCGGCCGGGGCACUUUUUUACCAGCUUGGUCGUAGACCUCCAGGCGGCCUAGGGCACCUAGGGGGAAGAGGGACGCCCGGUCUCCCUUUGCUCCAUGAUGAGGGCACCCUGCAGCGGGGGACUCUGAUCUCUGCAGAUUUCCAAACCUCUCCCCCUCGCCUGGCACUCCUGGCUCAUCUUCCUGCAGGAUUCCAUGGCUCAAAAGUUUUAUCCAGGGGCAGAGUUUGCAAGGGGUCAUCGCAAGGCCUCAAGUUUGUAUCCAGUACAGCGCCAAAGCGGAUGGAGAGGGGCUGAAUGGGGCACUGCUGACCUGCCGCUCUUGUGACCACCCUGCCUUUGUUGGAGGGAAGGAUGCCUAUUUGAGUUAAGAUGGAAGAGAAGAGGCGAAAGUACUCCAUCAGCAGCGACAACUCUGACACCACUGACAGCCACACUACAUCUGCGUCAAGAUGCUCCAAACUGCCCAGCAGCACCAAGUCAGGCUGGCCCCGGCAGAACGAAAAGAAGCCCUCGGAGAGAGGCCGGAGCUGGACGAGCUGACCUUAGAGCGUGUGCUGGAAGAGCUAGAGACACUGUGCCACCAGAACAUGGCACGGGCCAUCGAGACGCAGGAGGGGCUGGGCAUCGAGUAUGAUGAGGAUGUGGUUUGUGACGUGUGUCGCUCUCCCGAGGGCGAGGAUGGCAACGAGAUGGUCUUCUGUGACAAGUGCAACGUCUGUGUGCACCAGGCGUGCUAUGGGAUUCUCAAGGUGCCCACGGGCAGCUGGCUGUGCCGGACAUGCGCCCUGGGUGUCCAGCCAAAGUGCCUGCUCUGCCCCAAGCGAGGAGGAGCCCUGAAGCCAACAAGAAGCGGAACCAAGUGGGUGCACGUCAGCUGUGCCCUGUGGAUUCCUGAGGUCAGCAUUGGCUGCCCCGAGAAGAUGGAGCCCAUCACCAAGAUCUCACAUAUCCCAGCCAGCCGCUGGGCUCUGUCCUGCAGUCUCUGCAAGGAGUGCACAGGCACCUGCAUCCAGUGCUCCAUGCCUUCCUGCAUCACGGCGUUUCACGUCACAUGCGCCUUUGACCAUGGCCUGGAAAUGCGGACUAUAUUAGCUGACAACGAUGAGGUCAAGUUCAAGUCCUUCUGCCAGGAGCACAGUGACGGGGGCCCUCGGGGUGAUCCCACAUCUGAACCUGCAGAGCCUAGCCCAGCUGGUGAGGACCUGGAAAAGGUGACCCUACGAAAGCAGCGGCUGCAGCAGCUGGAGGAAGACUUCUACGAGCUGGUGGAGCCAACUGAGGUAGCUGAGCGGCUGAACCUGGCAGAGGCGCUGGUCGACUUCAUCUACCAGUACUGGAAACUGAAGAGGAAAGCCAAUGCUAACCAACCGCUGCUGACUCCCAAGACCGACGAGGUGGACAACCUAGCCCAGCAGGAGCAAGAUGUGCUUUAUCGCCGCCUCAAGCUCUUCACGCACCUGCGGCAGGACUUGGAGAGGGUUAGAAAUCUGUGCUACAUGGUGACAAGGCGCGAGAGAACGAAACACGCCAUCUGCAAACUCCAGGAGCAGAUAUUCCACCUGCAGAUGAAACUUAUUGAACAGGAUCUGUGUCGAGAGCGGUCUGGGAGGAGAGCAAAGGGCAAGAAGAAUGACUCGAAAAGGAAAGGCCACGAGGGCCCGAAGGGCAGCCCUGAGAAGAAAGAGAAAGUGAAGACUGGGCAUGAGUCUGUCCUGGGGCAGCUGGGCCUGUCCACUCCAUUUCCCAUUGAUGGCACCUUCUUCAACAGCUGGCUGGCGCAGUCAGUGCAGAUCACAGCAGAGAACAUGGCCAUGAGUGAGUGGUCACUCAACAACGGACAUCAUGAGGACCCCGCCCCAGGGCUGCUGUCAGAGGAGCUGCUACAGGAUGAGGAGACACUGCUCAGCUUCAUGCGAGACCCCUCGCUGCGGCCCGGAGACCCUGCUAGGAAGGCCCGCAGCCGCACCCGCCUUCCAGCCAAGAAGAAGCCACCACCGCCACAGGAUGGGCCAGGUCCACGGACGACUCCAGACAAAUCACCCAAGAAGCCCUGGGGCCAGGAUGCAGGCACUGGCAAAGGGGUUCAAGGGCCACCUGCCAGGAAACCACCACGGCGGACACCUUCUCACCUGCCGUCCAGCCCUACGGCCGGGGACUGUCCCAUCCCAGUAGCUCCUGAGAGCCCCCCACCACUGGCCCCCGAGACCCCAGACGAGGCAGCUCCUAUGGCUGCUGACUCGAAUGUCCAAGUGCCUGGCCCUACGGCGAGCCCCAAGCCAUUGGGUCGGCUCCAGCCGCCCCGUGAGAGCAAGGGAAGUCGGAGGUCGCCGGGUACCAGGCCAGAUACUGGGACAGGACCACCUUCUGCUAUGGCUGAAAGGGCAAAGGUCAGGCUACACUUUGACACUGAGACUGAUGGCUACUUCUCGGAUGGGGAGAUGAGCGACUCAGACAUAGAGGCCGAGGACAGCGGUGUACAGCGGGGUCCCCGGGAGGCAGGGGCUGAGGAGGUGGUCCGCAUGGGCGUACUGGCCUCCUAACUCACCCCUACCCUGUCCUGGGCCCUGCCCUGGCCACUCACAAGGCCUCAGCCCAGUCACAACUGCCAUUUCCAAUCUCUGCUGAGUGACCCAGACCCACGAGGCUGCCACUCUGUUAUGGUUUUAUUUUUAAUAUAGAGAGAGUUUCAGAUUCCACACUGUUGUCUUUCCUCUGUACUGGCCUAGGACGUUAGGAUUCCUCCACGGCUCUGGCCACAAGGGCCACGCCAGGUCCUCUGCACCACUCCUGCUGGGGCAGCCUUCUUGUCCCAGGCUCGCACAGCCCCACUGGCUCCUGGCUAGAUGUAGGCAAGGUGACGAGAGCCCAGGACUGCAGUCCGCUGCCACUGGUGACACAGACUUGUGAGGGCAUUAUUUCAUGGCAGAUGGGCCAGCCCAGGGCCUGCCCUGCCUUGCCCCCAGAUCCCACUGGGGUCCAUUUGGGGGGUCCUGCUGCAUUCUACUGAUCCCCAAGGAAGUAUAAUAAGCGAUCCCUGGCCAGAGUCUACUCACUGUCACAAGCACAAUGAGCUUCUAUGAGAAAGCACUGAGGGGGCGCAGAGGGCCAGCUGGUUCCAGGUGAACCAGAAGCUGUUCCUGAUCAACCCACAUCAUCUGAGGCCUGCCUGCCCACCCUGCGACCCUCCCUCCCUUGCUGCUCCGCCCUUGCCAGCAGCACCCAGCCCAGUGGUUCUGGGAAGGGGCUCCCAGAAUCCUUCCUGGGCUGUGCCAUUUACUCAGGAGACUCCCAAACAGCCAGCCGCCAAUGCAGGCAGGGGGCUGCAAGGGAGGGCCAGUGCCCAGACAGGGGUGUGGGGCUCCAACCAGCCCACUGCAGAGAAGCACUCUGGGGUUCCAACUUCCUUCUUCCUUCGGGGCCAGUCUCUGCCCGAGUCUGGUCACUCCCAGACAGAGCUGACCAGACCAUUUGCCUUUUCAAGUUUCCCAGUCCUUCUAAGAGAUGAGCUGCUUCCUUGGUUUCCUUUUGGAAACUCGUCCUUCCAACAAGCAGUGGGAUCCCGGGGCCCAGGGCAGGCCAGUGCUGGCCUGCUGGGGCUGUUUUAAGUCUUGCUGGAUGUUCUUGUGUUCCUCUGUCCCUCAGAGCCUUAACGCCCUUCCCCAGCCACAUCCCCCUCCCCACUACUCCUGCCCCACCUGUCCGCCCCACCCUUUAUGUCCCAGGUAGUUGCUCUGAAGAGUUUUAGCGAGUGGCCCCAGGGUGAUAGCUCAGGGAACAAACAAAAAAGGAAUUCCGUGAAAACAUUUUUUUUUUUUUUCUUUUACGAAUUACUCCUGGGUCACUUCUGCCACUGGUAAAGCCAGAACUUCUCCAACAAGAACCUUGUAAAAGUCCAGUGAAUAAGUCGAAUCAUUCUGUGGAUGCCAAAGAAUAUUUUGACCACAAUACAGCACAGCCUGGACCUGACAACUUGUCAUUUGAACUUUUUUUUUUAAAUGGAGUUCUUUAGCAACCAAGUAUAGCAACAUGUUCGCCACACUUACCCAAGGAGACAGAGCCCAGGCUCUUCGAUGCUUUUCUGCUGCUGACCUGCCCCUUGGGGUUGGACUUCAGAUCCUGGUCUGGACCCCCUGUGAGCUGUCCUAAUUCUGAGGCUCACAGGGGGGAAGAUCUGACAGUGAAAUCAGCCUGGAAAAAGUCUCAUGUGGUUCCCCACACACAAAUACAAAAAGCGGAUAUAAGCGGGAUGGGGAGCAGCUUCACCACCCACCCUGACUCCAAAAUGAUCAAGGUACGACAGUGGCGUUGUCAUUGACACUCAGUUUCAUGUGAAUUUUAGCAAAACAGGAAACAAAGAUAAUGACUCAGUUUAGAGGAUGGAGCAAAUGUAUCCAAUUGGAGUAGGCUCUGAGGGAGUGGGUGGCAUGGGUUCUGGGUGUUGGGAUAGCAUGAGCCGCCCCAUAGGGCUUAGUGUACGUGCCUGUCUUGGUAGCAGUGGCCAGUGCAGUAUCAGCAUCAGUGUCCCAACCCCAGUCUGGGUUUACUGCCUUUGAACAAACCUUCCUCCCCAAUGCUUUGAGUCACAACCUUGUCUGUGUUGGAUUGCUCCUCUGACCCCUCAGGAAGCAAAGGGACAAGUUUAAAGAACAACCAAAUUCUGCUAGGGGUUGGGCGUUCCAGGCAUGGCUCAGGUCAAACAGACUAAGCGCUUGCUCCCUUACCCCUCCACUCCAUCAGGAACCAGGGCCUGGGCUCUCCUGGGGAGAGGGGCCGUGAAGAAUCCGGAGAGAGUGCAGAGCGGAACUGGACUGGUUAGGCCAGUUAGGGCAGCCUCCCUGCGUUCUUCACAGAGCCUCUGCUCUAGCUGGCUGGCCUCUGAAUUCUGGCCUCUCUUGAUUGGCUGUUGCUUUCCAGUGGCCCAUCCCUGAGGCCUCCCUGCCCCACCCCGUCUGUGUCCUGUGCAGAACCUAGAUGUAGCUGGCUGGCGGCACCUUUGUUCCCAGGCCAGGCCCUAGAGCUGUCCUCCCCAGCCAGCUGUUCACCUCCACGUUGUCCACCAGGCUGCAAGGAGGAUAAGAAUACCUGUCCCUGCCCUUGUCCCCUCCCCCAUUAGCCACAGUCCCUUCACUCUUGUCCUGGCCUACUGUCCACAGUUCAGAGGGCUUGGCCAUCCCUGAGGCCACAGUAGGCAGCAGGAGAAGGCAGAGGCCUUUUCUAGGCCAGAGGCAAAGGAAGAUCUCUCACUUGACCACCUCUGCCCACACUCACUGGCCCUCCUCAAGGAGGGAGAAGCUGCUCUGUAACACAUUCUGGCCGUCAGCCCCUACUCCCGUCCUGGCCUCCCACCAGGAGAAAAACGUCUUUACCGUAUGAUAAAGACCCACCACGUCCUUGCCCCUCAUCAUGGUGAGAAGGGAUAAUGUGCAAGGAAAGUAUUUUUAUGUAUCAUAAAUGUAUUUUGAAACAAAUGAAAGGUAGAAGGUUUUAUUUUAUUAAAUGAGCUCUGACUUUGUGAAAAUGUGUGAGCAUUUGUGAUGUCAGGGCCACAGUGUCCUUGGAGAAGCCACCCAGGUCUCCAGACAUGGGUGUUCGAUGUGGGCAUCUGAGUGUGUACCAGGGCACCACUCGCGUGUCCCUAUGUGUCUGCCGUGUGUGCGCACACUGUGGAGCCUGCUGGGGCAGCUCUAGGAUAUCAGCUGCACACUUCUGAUGGGCGUUGGCAGCAGCUGGACUUGGCAUUUCCUUGCUCUCUGCCAGAUGUAGCCAACCUCUGCCCAUGCCCGCACACAGCUCUGCAGAAUGAUCUGGACCCCUGCAGCCAGGUCCUUGGGAAGGCCACUCUCCCAUGCCCCUGACCCAGCUGGCCACAUUGGCCAAAGAGCCAGGGCUGGAGACUGGAACUUUGGUUGUUCUUCGAGGCACUUCCUGCCACCUUCUCCCUCAAAUGCACACAACACUUUGUGCUCCACAUCGGUUAUGGGGGGGUUGAUAUGAAUGUCACAGGAGGAGUUGCCUUCUGUCUUUGUUUCAAAGAAAGUGAUGUGCCAUUUGUUAAUAUACAAGAGAAAUAUUGAAAAUAUAUUGAAAAGAGCAAUUUUAAAUUAUUUUUGGCUUAUGUUGCAAUAUUUAUUUUCUUGUAUUAGAAAAGAUUCCUUUGUAGAGAAAAAAUGUAUUUUUCAUUAACGCAAAGACCUAUUUCCCCUUUUUGUACAUUGUCCAUGUUCGCAACCCUUAACAAGCAAUAGAAUGUAUGGCCGCCUUGGUGUGGCCGACGCCCGCUGUGCCCUGCAUGAUUCUCUGUUGCUGCUGCUGCUGCUGCAAAGCUCCCAGCCCCAUCCUGUCCUGCUCACUCCAUGGGGGCCUCCAGACCCCGGCCCCUGCCAGGGCCUGGGUCUUAAAGAGCCCUUUGCGCUCCUCGUGUGUUGGCAAACGCAGUUAAUAAAGCAAUGUUUUCUGUGCUGGCUGGUGUGAGGCUCCAUUGCACUGGGGUAAGGGACUCUGGGGGUGAGUCGGGACUGCCUCUAUGUACACACCCAGCAGUGGGCUCAGUGAGUUUCCCAAGGGGACCUGCUGCUACCUCCUAAGGAAUGGUAAUAGUGAUGCUUAUAUUGAGCGCUCCAUAUGCUCCAGGUCCUAUGCUUUAAGGGCGUUAUUUCAUUCGACGCUCGCUGUUUAAUCCCCUGCAGUUUAGAGAGGAUGAGAGAGAUACGUAACGUCACACAUCUGGUAACAGAUAAAGCUCAGCAUCAAAGCCAGGACUGUUGGACUUUCCACCCCCAGUGACAUAGGGAUCUGCAGAAGAUGCAGUGUGAGCGGCUCCCGGACAGGGGCACCUUCACUUACCUGCUUUGCCAGGGAGAGUGGGAAAGUUCAGGGGGAGCCAAGGGGAUCUGUCUCUCAAUAAAAAUUUUUGCCCAGGUGUAUGAGUCAGAAUCGACUUGACGGCAACGGGUUACUGAGCACCUGCUCCAUUCUAGGCCCUGGGAAGUGUGAGGACUGUAGCCGCCAUCCCUGCCCUGGGGCAGCACACCGUCCAGCAGGAACACAGAUACAGACGGAGGCCUGGGCUGAGCUGGGCUGGGCUCAGGAAAGGCUUCUCUGAGGCAGGGACAUUCCUUUAGCAAGUAGUCUCUUGAGUGUACCCCUUACUCUGUCAGUGUGCUGGGCUGUAUACUGAGCAUAUCACCAGACCCCUGCUCUCCUAGAGCUUCCAAUCAACUGAGAUCUGAAGAAUAAAUAGGGGUUGCUAGCCAAAGGGCCACUGGAUAGGAGGAAGAGACAGAGCUUUCCUGAUAGAGGGCUCAGCAUGUACAAAGAUGGAUCAAACUAAGUCCGGAAAGGGUAUUGAACCACCUCUGAGAGCCCAGGGGGAAGCUGUGUGGAAAGGGGGUUGAAUUGGGACUUAGGGACUCUAGUUUGUGUAUCUACUGACUUAGUUGUCAGCAGCAUGGAAUUGCUCCAUUUCUUCACUGGUAUGACAGGGAGUAGGUUGCCAAGGGCCCUUCUGGCUCCAAGGUUCUGUAUGUUCACAAGGCAGAAGUCUUGGAAAUAAACCUCGGGUGGAUUGUGUUUGUGCCCAGCUCUGAAUGCCUAUGGAGGGAGGCCUCCCUCAGUGACAGUCACAUCCUUGCAUGCGGCCCCAGGGAACACUGACUGACUAGGGGAUAUGGGAGUUCUCUCAGGGCACCAAGCCAGGGAUCCAGCAGCUUAGCUGUGAGUGGGAAGGGCUCGGUGCCCUCAGCUGCAGAGUCAGCGUGAGGUGCUGGUGGGAGAUUGGUCCUGAGGCUGAGGGAGCUUGUGGGUCAGCUGCCCUGGGUUUGGCACCCUGGUCUCUCCUCCCAGUGCCAGCCCAAAGCCAGGCCUACUGUGGAACCACUGGAGCACAAGGUGUCUGAGAGAGUGCUGCAGGGGCCCCUCCAAGACCCACAGCUGAUAAAUUUGAGACAGGUGGCUGCGAGGCACCUUGUGGGCCUAAAAUAGCACUAUUCAAUAGAAAUAAUGCCAGCCACACACGUAAUUUAGAAUUUUCUAGUAGAUACAUCUUAAAAAGUAAAGAGAAACAGGCAAGUUUAAUUUUAAUAAUAUAUUUUAACCAACCCAUUACAUCAAAAAUAUCACUUCAACAUGUAACCAAUAUAAAAUAAUUAUUAAUGAGAUAUUUUACAUUCUUUCUUGUACUAAGUGUUUGAAGACCAGCAGGUACUUUACACUCACAGCACAUCUUAAUUAGGACUAGCCACAUUUCAAGUGUGCAACAGCCACGUGUGGCAAGUGGCUAAAGUAUUGGGCAGCGAGCCCUAGAGAUCCUAUGAUUCCCCCUGGGUUGUCCUUGGUUGGCCUAGGCUUGUGUGGAGAGAGGGACAGACAGUGCUGGCCCUCCCUUCCCUGCCCACGUCCCUCUAGGAUGCCCUCUGCACCCAUUCAAGUCCAUAUGGCUGCUUUAGGGUAGGGUUCUCAUGUCUGACUGGUGUUCCUGGGCCUUCUCUCCCUGGCCAUCGCCUCUGCUGUCCCUGCCCUCAGAGAGCCCUGAGGACAGGAUGGGCCAGGAAAUGCUGGUUGCAGCUCCCCCAUGUAGGCUGGUUCACUCCCAGCCAGGACUGACAGCCGGUGACAUAGUGAUCUGCAGAAGAUGCAGUGUGGGCAUCUCCUGGACAGGGACACCUUCACUCAUCCACCUUCAUUCAUGCAUUCAUUCAGCCCCCGUGAAGCCCCUGCUGCUGGCCAGGAGGAUGCCGUCAUGACCACAGUCCCCUCAUGGCCAACCAGGCCAGUCAGGAGACAAACAGAUCAUCCCAAAUUACAUAGAGACUGGGCUGCAAACAAGGGCAUGGGGCAGUGAGGGAGAAUAGGGAACUGGGGGCUGAGGGAGGUCUCUGCUGUCUCUGAACUUCCCUGUCUCUCAAAACUCAUGUGAAGCAGAGUCUGGGGCGCCACCUGCUGCCCAUCCAGGCCAGGCCCAGAUGCCUCCAGCUCCAGCUGCCAAGGUGCACAGGGCCAGGGCCACCCCGUGUCCCCAAGGCUCAGAACUCCAGCCUCCCUCUUCCCUGUACUCCUUAGGCUCCUACACGCCAGUGCCUCCCUCUCCUUAGCCAGCUGGGGCAGAAAAGGUCCUCUGUCUCAGCCUUCAGGACAGGGAGGCAAUUAAGGGGCAAGUUGCCUCCUGGAAGAAAAAGGUGUUGGCUGAGUCCUGCUGGGUGCCCAGCCCUGGGUGGGGUGGGGAGGCCAAGCAGACCCAGGCCCUGCCUUCUUGUUACUGCUGAAGAAAGGAAGUCAAUCCUGGGUUACAGAGGGUGCAGCACUUGGUGUUCUCAGAGCUGGCCUUAGGCCCUCUUGCUGCAGCCUCUGCUAGAGGAGGAAGCAAUGGCUCUGAUUUUCCUGGAGAUGAAGGUUUCAUGAAUUAUAGAGGGUCCUUCGACCCAUGCUGGGAAAGGCAGGUUCCUUGAAGUGGUCUGAUAGUUACCCACUCCCUUCUCAGAAGACCCCCCGUUUCAGCCCACCCUGGCCAGGCUUUCAAGAGCAUCCCAAGGGCCAACUGCUUCACGGUGAGAAGGCCAACUCCUUAGCUGCCCCAUGUGUGGCUGCCCUGGAUGCCCACUGUGCCUUCCCCUGAUGAGGGAGACAGCCAGGGGGUGUGAGCCUUCAUGAUGACUAUGUGGGGGUUGCCUGAUAAAAGAAGGGUCAUAAAAUGUGAACGCUAGGGUAACCUUUUGGGGUUCAGGCCAGUCUCCCUGCAAAGUAUCAAAGGGAGGGAGGAAAGGAUGGGGGUAAUGUCAAGGGACAAGCUUAAUGUAGCAGAAUGGUGCACACCACUCAGUGCUCCACGCAGCCCUGGAGCCCAGAAGCAUCUACACCAGCCCAUUUUGGGGGAACAUGGAAAGGGACAUAGAUGUCCUGGCUGCUGGCUGGUGAGGGAGACCUUCAGCGGGUGGGAAGUAGGGUUGCCAAAUUUAGCAAAUAAAAAUAUAGGAUAGUUAGAUUCAAAUUUUAAAUAAGUAACAAAGAACUUUUUAGUAUAAAUAUGUCUUAAAUAUCACAUCGUAUCCUCCGUCGCCACUGUGUCCCAGGCAGGGGGCUGAUGCUGGUGAGCAGUUGACUGUUGUUGAUAAACUGGAGCCAAUCCAAGACUAUGCUGACAAGCCCACCAUGGUCACCUGCAGUGUGAGAGCAAUUGGAAAGGGGGCUGCAGCCAGGGCUCAGGACACAGAACCCAGCCGGCACCUGGUUUACCUGUGCUACAGCCUCUGUUGCAUCUCAUAUCCCAACCCAGGGCUGAACAAAAAUUCCACAUCCUUCAAGGUACUCUGCUCCCAGGAGGUCUUUGAGGCCCACAAGCCCAUUUACUCCCAGACUCAACAUCAGAAGAAUUUGGGUUGGGUCUCUGUCUUUGCUGGGAUACCCAUGGUUCCUUGAGUUCCCCCAACUCAAACUCACCCCCAAGCCUUUAAAAAAAAAAUUAUUAAACUUCUUCCCCCCAAGCACAAUGCUACAGGGAAAUAUGGCUGACCCAAAAGUGAGGAGACCAGGGUUCUAGUCCUCUCUCUACCACUAACUUGGUGUACUCCGGUUUCCCCAUCUGUACAAUGGGAGAAGAGGUUAGAAGAUAGCAGGUGAUCUCUAAAGCCCAGCUCCUGGAAGGAGGAUCUGUGAUCAGAGGACGUGGUCAGUGAGGGCCAUGUGAGAGCUUACCACAGCCCUUUAACUUGAAGCCAGCCAGGUGAGGUGGAGCUGGCUGGCAGAUGCGCUUAGGUGAUCCUCCAGACUGGAUUUGACAGAGGGAGAGAAGGAAGAAGCUUUAUCCACUCAACUUGAGACCUUCGCACAAGGAGAACGCCAUUAUGGCUGCUGAGUCAUUUGUCACCAGGAGAGGGGGCCAGUAGGAGCAUAGGAUUAGCCACAGGAGUGAUCAUGGAAUGAUGCCAGUCCUGGCUGGGGAGGUGACAGGGUUAAGAAUGGAGCAGAGCCUUUAGGCAUCUGUCCUCCAGGUUCGGGAAUGGGGCCCAGGUCUUUCUGGCAGGGCCAGCGCCUCUGUGGUCUGUGCAACAGCCAUCCUGGGAUGAGCUUGCCCCAGGUCUAGCUAGGGGUAUAAGUUCAGUGGGUGAUCCCUAUCCCCCUCAUUCUUCUGUCUACCCUCAGCUUACAUUAAGCAACAUAUGGCCAUUCAGAUCUAGAGAACCCAUCCAUGAAUGCACCAUU